AUGCGGGCGACGACCGUCGGGCUGUGCCUGCUGCUGUGGGCUGCGGCGGUGGCCCAGGGGGAGGGAUCUGAUGCCGUCGCCGCGCCGGCCAAGCUAGGCACGGAGGUGAUGGGGCGCGUCGUGGGGUACGGCGAAGUGAGGGAGGAAUGGAGGGGCGAGGUGAUUCAGCUCUCAUGGGCACCUCGAGCAUACCUGUUGAAGGGCUUCCUCACCGAAGAGGAGUGCGAUCACUUGAUCGCCCUGGGAUCACCAAAGCUCACAAAGUCAACAGUUGUUGACAACGAAUCUGGGAAGAGCAUCCCCAGCCAAGUGCGGACCAGCAAAGGCACAUUCCUGAAUACUGCACAGGAUGAAGUUGUUGACAGGAUUGAACACAGAGUGGCGCAGGUCACGAUGAUACCUGUGGAACAUCAGGAGGGCAUGCAAAUCCUCAAAUAUGUGAAUGGAGAGAAGUACGAACCUCAUUUCGACUAUUUCCAUGAUGUGGUCAACCAGAAACCGGAAUCUGGUGGCCAGAGGAUUAUGACGAUGCUGAUGUACCUGAGCACUGUGCCAGAGGGUGGUGAGACGGUGUUUCCCAAUGCAGUUAAAUCUGAACACGUGGAGGGGCCAGAGUGGUCAGACUGUGCCAAGAGGGGCCUUGCUGUGAAGGCGAAAAAAGGCGACGCCAUCAUGUUUUACGGCCUUAAGCCUGAUGGGAGCGAAGACCAAACAAGUCUGCACGGCAGCUGCCCAACGACCAAAGGGGAGAAGUGGUCAGCUACAAAGUGGAUCCAUGUCUUGCCAUUCAACCGAAACAACCUGUACCAGAGGGCCAAGUGGGGUGACUGCGUGGACACAGAGGACCAGUGUGAGGAGUGGGCGUCCACAGGCGAGUGUGAGAAGAACUCAGCGUACAUGAAGGUGCACUGCAGAAGGGCCUGCAGCUUGUGCGAGCCGGCCAAGGAGAAUGUCGCCACGACCUGA